GUUUGUAUUCUCAUCUCAUCCUGUUUGUUUAUAAUUUUGUGAACUGCGUUGGUUUGGUUUGGGUUUGGCUGAUGUUGAAUCAUGUUGGUUGAUGAUUGUCCGAUGAAUAUCGAAUGAACGACACUCCCCCUUACCUAAUCCUCUUUGCACGGAUUUAUUCUCUAACUUAAUUAUCUUUUAACUUAGUUAUUACUGUUUGAUCAAAUAAAUUCAGAUAAAGUACAGCUUCGAUGAGUGUUUUUAAGAACAUCUUUAGUUUUUCUGAUUACAGUUUAAUCAGAAUUUUAAGAAUUUCAUUUUAACCACCAAGGCAAUAAUGAACAUUACAAAUGGAUUCCUGGAAGCCCAAUCCUCAUGCUGUGCCUUUUGUGCCAAGGAAAAAUGCUGGAAAACUUUUCAUCCACCACCAUCGUUUUGUAAAGGGUUCUAUGAGCAAACAUAAACUGUUGGCCAACAUAUUUCAGGUUCUCCUAGUAAUAAUUCUCAUUGUAACUAUCAUCAUAAAUGUUGUGUUCAUUUUGGAUACCAGCCAGAGACUUCAAGGGGAAACUUUUCAUUCAGGGUCAGAUGAGGAUAUGGACUCCAGAGAUGUACCAGGACCUGAGUUGUCUCAAGCUCAGCUAGAUGAGACGGCCCCCAAGAUGCUCACCAUAGAAGUGCUGUCAAGCCAGUCAAGAGUGGCAGUUUCUGUUGAUAGUGCUAUGAUUUUAGAAGAUGCAGAGAAGACGGAAGGUAGAGGCAUUCAUGUUCUUGUUCUAAACCAAGCAACCGGCAGUGUGAUGGCACAGAGAAUUUUUGACACCUACUCCCCUCAUGAAGAUGAAGCUAUGGCACUCUUCCUCAAUAUGGUGUCUGAUGGCAGAAUCAUCAUCUUUGCAAUCAAGGAUGAAGGAACAUUCCAAAUGAAGCAGCCUGCUAGAGAACUUCUGCACAGGCUGGGGUCUCGACGCGCUCAGCUUAUCUCUUGGCGAGACAUGUGGGCGAUGGUGGCGCAGAAGGGUGUCCGAAUGUACGGGGAGUCCUUCAGCAAGAGUACGGACUUCAACACUUGGGGUGCUUCUGUGUUGCUGAGGGUCCAAGUUCCUUUGGUGUCUGUUGAAGAGAGUGAAUGUGAAUGGGAGCAAACCGAGGAAAACAUUCGUAGGCAAGAGUUCUGCAAUCACAUUGAGGGCUACGGCAGCGUUUGUAGCUGCGCAGAGCCCGCGUUGCUCACCUUUGACCCUCCUCCCAUUGAGGAAAACAAGGUCGCAAAUGUUCCAGUAGCCAUCAUUGCCAGCAAUCGACCUCAUUAUCUGUAUAGAAUGUUGCGAUCGCUUUUGUCAGCUCGAGGGGCCAACAAGGAUAUGAUCACAGUGUUCAUAGACGGUUACUUCGAAGAACCAUUGGAGGUGACAAAACUAUUUGGGCUGAGAGGUAUUCAACACACACCCAUUGGAGUGAAGAACGCCAGAAUAUCUCAGCACUAUAAGGCCUCACUGACUGCUACCUUCAACAUCUUCCCCACAGCUGAGUACGCCAUCGUACUAGAAGAGGACCUAGAUGUGUCUGAGGACUUCUUUAGCUACUUCAGUCAGACUGUAGAGCUUCUAGAGAAAGACCCAACAUUGUACUGCAUCUCUGCGUGGAACGACCAAGGAUACGAACACUCCAGCAGCAACCAGAGUGUGCUCUACAGAGUGGAGACUAUGCCUGGGCUGGGCUGGCUUCUCAAACGUUCUCUCUAUAAGCUAGAGCUAGAACCUAAAUGGCCAUCACCAGAGAAAAUGUGGGACUGGGACAUGUGGAUGAGGAUGAAUGAGGUCCGCAAAGGCAGAGAAUGUGUUGUACCUGAGGUGUCCAGGACUUACCACUUUGGCUCCUCGGGGCUCAAUAUGAACUCGUACUUUCAAGAUACUUACUUCAAAACUCAUUCCUUCAACACUCAACCCAAUGUUAACCUAGUCAACAUUGAAAGCGUGUUACAUGACAAUUAUGAGCAGCUAAUCAAAAGACUGAUCUCAGAAGGGCAGGUGUUAGACCAUAGCAAAUCCCCUUGUGAAGAAGAUUUCAUUCCUGAUAAGAAGAACGAUGUGUUUCUUAUGUUCAUAAAAAUGGAAGAUUCUAAAGACUUCCGAACGUGGCUUCAAGUCGCUAAGUGUUUCAAGAUCUGGGACCUGGAUGCGAGAGGCUACCAUAAGAGUAUGUGGCGGAUGCGGCUCAAGGGAAGUGAGGUGCUUAUCAUCGGAGUCCCCAACUCGGAAUACUCAAAGUACAAACCAAGCAACAUAACCCCAAUCUACCUAGAGUCGCAUCAAACGUCCGGACGACCCCGAGAUAGAUAGCACAGCGAGGGUCUUCUACAGUUCUAGUCAUCAUUGUGCCAGUGAACCCGCCUAGACAAUAACUUUUACCUACUAAAUGUUACUGAUUAUUGUAAUUUUUAUAUGUUUUUAAUAAUAACAUUGUA